CAACAGGUCCAUGUUGCAACAGUCCAGUUAAUGGUGCAAGUGUGGGUUUUCCCAGAGAUCAUAUUUGGAAUAUAAAAAUGUCUGUAUGCAAAGUGUUAGCUUAUGGGGUGAGUAUAAAAGGGGUUCCUGACCUGUGCAGAAAGCUCAUGUAUCCAGCAAACAUGGGGAUCACCCUCCUGCUGCUCUCUCUGUGCCUAUCAGUACAUGGGGUGUCAUUACCCAGAAUUCCCAUGACGGACAUGGAGAUAUCGGCCAUAGCGCUAGUCGGCACUGAGUACUACAACAGAGGAUCCAGUGACAACUCCAUCUUCCAGCUUUUCGAUAGUGAUAUCAACUACUUUACAAAUGGUUCUUCAGCUCAGAUUCAGUUCACCAUAAAGGAGACUGGGUGCCAGAAAUCCGACAACCAGAUAGUGCAGGAAUGUGACUUCCUUGAGGAUGGGGUAAUGAAAAGGUGCACGGCUAGCUUCUUCCCAGAGGAUGAACUCCCGGCUUUUGUCAUAACCUGUGAUACCAUCCAGAAUGCUCCUCUCCGUGUAAGAAGAUCAAGAAAUGGAGGCCGUGGUGGUGGAGGCCGAGGUGGUGGAGGCCGAGGUGGUGGAGGGCGUGGUGGUGGCCGUGGUGAUGGAAGAAGUGGCGCUGGAUCUGCCAUAGCUGGAGUCGAUGUAGGCAAAAUGAUUGAUCUUGCACAAAUAAAACUAGGUACUUCUGCAUGAAGUACUUUCUUGGGUGCUAUUGGCUGCUCCAGAUGGCGCAGAACUCCUGCAAGGGUUCAGGGCCAAAGACUGCCUCUUCCUUGUGUUAUGUACUUUUUUUAAAUUUAUCAAAAUAAAAGAGCAGUUUUAAAUUGA